GGGAUUUUACGACAUCUCUAGGCUGGAUCCAGGCACGCAUGUUACUCUAUGUUACUAUGGUCACCAAUUCUCCAAACUUCACAGUGAUUUAGUGAUUUUCAUACCAAAAAGUUUUCUCCUCUAAGGAAUUAUAAACGCAAUGUUUCCAGCACCGGAGAAACGUCGACAGUUGCGACAAACGGCUCUCUGUCGGGAAGUGGAAAACUCGAAGCAACACGAAAGCUUCCUCAAGGACUUCAACCAAAUCCAACGUAACAGCCAGAUUAGUUUACUGAAGCGGCAACAUACGGCUCAAUGUAGGGAACGGGAUGCAAAUAACCAACGGCAGCAGGAGGAAGCCAAAGAAGCUGUCAAAUUGAAACAAUUGCAGGAAGAGCAGGAAUUGGCCAUGCAGCUGCAUGACGCCAACAGACGCCGAAUCAACGAGGAGAAACUAUCGCAACAGCUCCGGGAAUCGAAUCAAGAGCUGCGGGAACUCGAAUCGAAACUAAGGGCGUAGUUACUAGAAGUUACUAGAUAAAGAUUGUCGCUUCGG